CUCACCUUCUGCAGGUGGAGAAGGACGGGGGACUGAGCAUGGAUCCUUUCAAGGAGGACGACGGUGGUGACGCCCCAGAGCAGCCGGCGGCUUUGUACUCGUGGAAGAGAUCUGACGGCUCUGUCCGUGCGCAGCCGAACAACGAUGCCGACGAAGGCGACGACAUUGAAGACGUUGCGAGCAAUGCCGACAUCCCCAUCGUGUCGAUGGUGGACGACUUGCCGCUGUUUGCAGACGAUGCGAACAAGAAGUUGCAUGCUCAGAUUCGAGCGAACGAGAAGCGCAUGCAAACGGUAAAGCACGAGAUCUCUGAGGCCGUGGGGCGACACGCAAUCAUGGACGAGCACUUGAAGAACGUCAAGCAAGAGUUGAUCAACACACAGAGCCUUCAGAACUCCAAGUUGAAAGAAAUCUCGACGGAAGAGCACCUUCGUCAAGUGAGCGACCGCGAAGCUGGUCGCGUGAAGCAGGAACUGAAACGGCUCGAGACAGACUACAACGACAUCGAAAACAAGUUGAACGCGAUUCAGAACUUUCUCUUCAAAGGCAAUGAGGACAUGGACAACUUUAAGAUGCAAAUGAACUGGAACCAGGACGAAAUGGAGCAGUGGGCGAUGGCGGCCAAGCAAAAGGAGGACGAUAACAUGGCGCUAGAAAAGUAUACGCGGGCCGACGAUUCCCGCAUCAAGGAGCUGACGUUGGAAAUCGAAAAGUUGACCAAGGCACUGCAGACCCAAAAGCAGUUGGUCGAGAACGAAGCCACGGAAACCCAGGCAAAGCAGAUUGAGCUGGACAAGACGGCGGACGAGUUCCGGUCGAUGCAUGAAGAGAGGCAGAAGCUGGUCAAGCAAUGGCAAGACACAAUCGACGCCAUGAAGCGCCGGGAUACCGAGAUCGCUCAGGCCGGCGACACGUUUGCCGCCAAGAAACUAGCGCUGGACGAGAAAAAGGACGACUUGGCAGAGCACAAGCACCGAUUGAAGCUUCAUGAGCAAGACAACAACGAACUGCAGCUGAAAAUCGCGGCGAAGGAGCGGUUGCAGUCAAAAAUCCGCGCCGAUUUGAUGGCAGCUACCACGCGGCUGCAGGAGUUCCGCGACCAAGUGGAACUGCUCAAGAACCAACUCACGAGCGCCGUGACGCAGCUCAACCAGCAGCGAUCAUACAACGCCCACAAAGCGUCCAACUUGGAGGCGAUGAAGGAAGACCUGGACGUGAACCGCAACAGGUACAAAACGACCAAGAAGAUCCUCGAUGCGUGCAUGAAUUCGACCGUGGACGCCGAAACGUUGGCCAAGAAUGCCGAGACGGACCUGAACGCGAUGGAAACCGAGUCGAAGCGCUUUGACAAGGAGAUUGCGCUGCUCAAGGACCAAAUGUUCCGUCGAAGUCAGGCGCUGUUCACGCUGCGACAGAGCGAAGCGGGGCUCAUCGCGGAAAUCUCGGGGGCCCAAGCGGCCAAUCGCAACCUGCAGGCCAAGAUCAAGCUGCUGGACCAAUCCGCACUCCGCCAGCAGGAAUUGGUGUACAACGGAGAGUUUCAGAUCCAACAGAUGGAGCGAAAGGUGUCACGGGCGUCGGGGGAACGCUCGGCCGACGAGACCAAGGCGUUGAAGGCCGAGAUCGACACGCUCCAAGCCGAAUUUGACGAAGCGCUCGCACAGUACACGAUGCUGCAGACGCAGUGCAAGAAGCUCAGCGACGAGCGGGCCGCGCAGGACCGUGCGAAGAAGGCGCUGCUGAAAACCCGCGACGAGAUCACGGCCAAGAUCGCCAAGCACGAGCUUGAAAAUGAAAGCGCGUCCAACUCGUUGCGCGGGAUUCUGCGGGAGAAGGAGGAGCUAUUGGUGCAAGCGGACCUCCAAAAGCUCGAGGUGAAGCGCCUCAAGGAUCUGCUCAACUCUCGUGCGGACGAGGUGUUUUCGCUCGAAAACCGUGAGUUUCAGCUAAAAAAGAGCAUGGACGAACGAAAAAGGGAGAUCUCGGUCCACCGCGAAGUCCAGCGCGCUCAAGUCAAGGCAGCCGAGGAGGAGCGGCACAAGAUCUCGGUCGAGUACGGGGACCGAGAGAUGCGCGUGACAAAACUGCAAGCCAAGUUUGAAACGCUGUGCAAGACGAGUCCAUUUGGCAACGCCGACGACCAAGACGGCCAGGAGCGAAGCCAGGCGUACUUUGUGAUCAAAGCCGCCCAGCGACGGGAGGAACUGCAGCGCGAAGGCGACGAGCUGGAUGACAAGAUUCGUGUGUCGGAGAAGGAAGUGCGUGCGCUGACAAAGACGCUGCAGCACUUGGAAGGACGCAACACGGAGUACCGCAAGAGCUUCCACCGCGCAGACAUGGUCGGGGAGGACGCCGCCAAGAUGAACCAGCUGGAGGACCAAGUCAAGUCGGCCGAGGACACGCUGUUCAAGCGGAAGAAGGAGAUCCAGCGGCUGCAAAUGGAGAUCGAAACCGAGCACAACCGCAUCCAAGAGCUGGAAAUCCAGCACCGCCAUUUCAAAGAACACAACGAAAACCUCACAGCGGCGCAGGCGCAAGUGACGAAAGAGCUCGAGUUCGAAAAGGACAAAGUCGCCAAGGUCACGAAACGCAUGGACAAGCUCGUCAAGGACCUCCGAAACAAGCGAGACGCCCCCGCCGGCACGAUCGAAGAAGUCGUGCUGGACGUGUUCGCAGCCAAGGAAAUCAACAAUGGCGUGCUCUAUACGCUAGGCCAGCUCGCGCACGAGUUCCCAGAGCUGAGCGACGUGUUGCAGACCAGCGUAAAAGCGUUGAACCUGCACAUUCCCGCCCUGCCACCCGGCUCCACAUCGACCAGAUCUACCAAGGGCGGCGGAGGAGCCACGGAUUCACGGCCAACUUCGGCGAGAAGCGAUCGCAGUGACACGUCGUCUGUGAAAAGCUCGGGGAGCAAUGGCCGCGCGGCGCAAGGUCGACGUGCGGCACCGAUGGCUAAAGUGCAAAUGACUUUGUAGCUGAUUUUUGCUUGCUCUCACUUCUGUGUCAUACUUUUCAAUACAGUGAAGGUGUUUACGACGAAGCAGCAGCAUGCCGUUGAGCUGGUUUCACCAAUUGCGUCUGUGAUUCAAUCAAAGACCAUAUUUGCAUCAGUGCCCCAUGCAAACUGCCAUAGUCUACUUGGGCCCCACCGGUGUACUACAGAAAAUUCACAUUUUCAAUCCUCCUGGGUUUACUGGAAAGGUGGUGACUCAUUCGGC